AUGGAUCCAAUUCCAGACCUUCCUUUAGAACCUGUCGCCGAAGAAGCAAUUGGGAAAUUCAAUAGCAGUAGUGAAACCAUUCAUGUGGCUGUUGGAAAGGAAAAUAAGAAAGAAAAGCAAAACCUGCUCUGGGUGAUGAGGAAUUUCCCACGUGACACCAUAGGCCUUGUCCAUGUACACUGGCAUUCAAAGUGGAUACCCACUGAUUUCGGAGUUAAAUUUAACUACAAGUAUGGGAAUGAACAAUCUCAAGCAAAACACAGAGAGGACGAGAGGAGAAAGAUGCAAGACAUGAUAGAUGAUUACAAAGAUUUGUGUGCUGAAAGGAUGGUCACAGAACAUCACACUGAACACGAAGAUGUAGUUGAAGGGGUUAAAUGUCUUGUUGAAAAAUGUCAAAUUAAGAGGCUUGUCAUUGGUUCAAGGUCCAUGGCAAAUCAAAUCUCUAUCCUCCAGUAUUGUCAGAUCUGGCAUGUGCGAAAAGGAAAGCUCAUAUCCACUAGAUUUCCUUGCAGCGAAGUUAUUUCUGAGAAAAUUCAUGUGCAUGCACAGCGAGAAUAUGGAACUCAUCAGGUUCCUGCAUCACAUUUGGUUUCCAGAAUUUCAGAGGUCAAUGACGGUCAACUUGACGUGACACCGGCAAAUGAACUGGAAGAGAGAGAUGGGGUUGAUCAGGAUAUUGGAGAAGUUGUAAACUCGAGGCAAGAAGCUCUGAACUACUUGCUCAGACAAUACAGCAAUGAAAGAUCGGACACCACGAGUUCAAUCUCAGUCGAGUUAGAGAGAAAUGAAAUGCUACUUCAAGAAGUCAGAGAGAAGCUUUGUCAAACUGAACAAGAGAAGCCUGACGCGGGCAGGAAGGCGCCCGUGUUGAACUUGAUCAGCAGUAGUUUCAAUAGGAGAAGAAAAGACAACGAUGAUCCAGCAACUCCACCACACAUCAGACAGUUCACUGAGACUCAAGUUAAGAAGGCAACUGACAACUUCAGUGAAUGCAAAAGAAUCGGAGAAGGUGGAUACGGACCAGUCUACAAAGCAAGGCUCCUAGGAAAUGACGUCGCCAUUAAAAUGCUAAGCCCCAAGAGUAAUCAGAGCCAAAAGGAAUACCAUCAAGAGUUGAAAGUAUUAAGUAUGAUCGAGCACCCUCAUAUUGUCAAACUCAUCGGGGUUUGCUCAGAACUGUCAGCGCUUGUCUACGAGUACUUGCCCCAUCGCAGCCUGAGCCAAAGGCUUGCUCGAGGUCUGGAGUGGCAGGAUCGAAUUCGAAUUAUCAGCGAGCAGCGCUCUGCUCUCAUGUAUCUACACUCGAGCCCUAACAGAGGGCAACCGAUUGUGCAUGCAGACUUAAAAUUCUCCAACAUACUCCUCGACGAGGACGAUAUCAGUCGGCUCAGUGACUUCGGCACUGCGAGGGUAAUGCAUCGGGGUUUAUCGAAGAAGGCAACCUUCUGCCACAACACCAACCCGAUGGGGACGCCCGGAUACAUGGACCCUGCUUUCGCGAUGAGCGGAGAGCUGACUCCGCAGUCUGAUAUAUAUUCAUUUGGCAUCGUAAUUCUGCGGCUGCUGACGGGUUCGCCCGAGCUGAACAUUGCAAAGCAAGUCGAGGAGGCGAUCAGGAAAGGAGCUGUGAACUGCAUCCUCGAUGCGUCUGCCGGAGACUGGCCGGCGGCGAACGCCAAGCAGCUGUUGCAACUGGCGUUGAGGUGCUGUAAUAUUGAUAGGAAGAAAAGGCCCGGCCUCAGGUCGGCGGAAUGGAGAGCACUCGAUAGACUGCGAGCGAUGGCUGCUAAUUCCUUCGGAAGCUCCAUUUAGUAAUCAAAUAUGGGAGGAUUUGUGAAUUUCAUGGAUCAUGG